AUGUACUGGUACCCUACCGGGCUGCGCUCCAGUCAAUUUCCGACUGGCACCGUUUUUCUCGGCGGCGUUUGCCACUCGAGUGAUAAGCGGCUAGCAGAGACCAUGGUGAGCAAAAAGAUUGCGGCGCAGCUGGAGAAGCUGCAGGGCGAUGAGUGGGACUCGGAUAGCGACAGCGAGACGACGAACGUCGUCUCCAACACGUUUGACGCCAGCAAUGACCUGGUGACUCUUCCCACAGCCGCAGAGGCCGCUGCCAGCGCCUCCACCGGAAAGAAGCGUAAGAGCAAGAUGCAGCGCAAGAAAGAAGCUGCCGCUCUCGCCAAGGUGCAGCAGGAGGAGAAGAAGAAGAACCAGCCUUCCAACGUUAUUUAUCUCGGCCGCAUCCCUCACGGCUUCUACGAGAAGCAGAUGCUGGGCUUCUUUAAGCAGUUCGGCACUGUGCGUCGCGUGCGUCUUUCGCGCAACAAGCGCACAGGCAACUCAAAGCACUACGCUUUUAUCCAGUUCGACGAGCCCGAAGUGGCGCAGAUCGUGGCCAACACGAUGAAUGAGUACCGACUGUUCGACCACACGCUCUCGUGCCAUAUCGUGCCCUCGCAUGCCGUGCACGAGCGCAUGUUUAUCGGUGCCAACAAGGAGUUCAAGCCGCUGCCCCGACAGGCCAUUAACCGCAACCGCCACAACGCCGAGAAGACGUACGAACAGACCGUGAUCAACAACAAGCGUCUUGUGACCAAGGAACGGCAGAAACGCAAGGUGCUCAAGGCACUCGGCAUCGACUACGACUUCCCUGGAUACGAGGCUCAGAUGCCGGCCAAGAAACAGCACAUUGCAUUCACAUAAAGAGUUUUGGCGUCGACAUACAAGCCGAAUGGACGAGCAGCUGGCGACAUUUGCUUGCUUCCUGGUAUUCUGACUUUUGAAACUGUCAUUGCUUUGUCUUCUCUUCUAGCUACGGUUAAUAGAUUGUAUUUCCUUGCUGCUGUUUAUCAGUUUGUUUGUUUUUUUUUUUUAGCUAAGAACCUCGUCACCUUCUGUGCAUGAAGACCAAGAAACAAUACUACGUAGUA